GCCACAGGCCCAGAGGAAACUAAAAGGUCAUCGCGAGAGAAACGCAGUCGUCGUGCGGCCGCCGUCCUGGUACUAUUUCUCUCGGCUCGUCUCCUGGCACACUCUGCAGGCUCGCGCGAGGCACUCUUCAGGUCACGAAAGCCAUAUCGAUUGUAAAGAUAAAGAGAAGACCCCAUUAUGCUGAACAGUCGCCAGGUGAUAUUCAAAUUAGGUCUUCGGUGCCAGAGCUGGACCUCCCUCGGCCGAGGGGGAGCCUGCCUGGUGCCGAGGACGACCUGCGCGGCCCCGAGGACCAUCACCACCUCCGAGGACCACAGAGCCAGCCCGCAGACCCAGGUAGAGCAACAUGAUGAUGAUGCAUCAACCCAUCAACCUAUUGCAAAGAAGCCCCAACGGCCACCCUUCAUCAAAAACCUCUUUCUUGGAAAGUUUGAUAAGGAGAUAUUGGCUUUUCCUGAAGUUUUAGACAAAGAUCAGCAUGAGUUGCUCCAUGAUAUGCUGGUGCCCAUUGAAAAGUUCUUUGAAGAGGAAGUUGAUGGCCCAAAGAUUGACAAAGAUGCAAAGAUUCCUCAAGAUACCCUGGAUGGCCUAAAGAACCUGGGUCUGUAUGGCCAGCAGAUUCCUGUGGAGUAUGGUGGCCUUGGCUUGGGUGCUACUGAGUAUGCUAGAAUUGCAGAGAUCACAGCCUUAGAUGGGUCCAUUGCUGUUACUUUGGCUGCUCACCAAGCUAUUGGACUGAAGGGUAUCCUUAUUGCGGGAAAUGAAGCCCAAAAGGAGAAGUACCUUCCUCGACUUGCCUGUGGAGAAUGGACAGCAGCGUUUUGCCUGACUGAACCUAGUUCAGGCUCUGAUGCUGCUUCCAUUAGGACUCGAGCUACGCUGUCAGAUGAUGGCAAACAUUGGUUGUUGAAUGGCAGCAAGAUCUGGAUCUCAAAUGGAGGAUAUGCAGAUCUGAUGACUGUUUUUGCAAAGACAGAGGUUGUUCAACCCAAUGGAGAGAAGAAGGACAAGGUGACCGCCUUCAUUGUUGAGAGGAACUUUGGAGGUAUUGCAAGUGGGCCACCGGAGGAUAAGAUGGGCAUCAGGGGUUCCAACACAUGUGAGGUUUUCUUUGACAAUACACCUGUUCCAAUUGAGAAUGUCCUGGGAGAAGUAGGAAGUGGCUUCAAGAUAGCCAUGAAUAUCCUAAACUCUGGCCGGUUUUCCAUGGGAAGUUCUGGAGCUGGCAUUCUCAAAAAAGUUAUGAAGUGGGCACUUGAGCACAGCAUGGAACGAAAGCAAUUUGGUCGCCACCUCACUGACUUUGCCCUAAUAAGGGAGAAAUUUGCACGCAUGUGUGUACAUAUUUAUGCCAUGGAAUCAAUGGCAUACCUAACUGCAGGUGUCUUAGAUGGGCAGGAGAAUGCAGACUGUUCAGUUGAGGCUGCCAUUGUUAAGAUUUUCAGCUCAGAGGGUGCCUGGCACUGGGGAUCUGAGUGCCUGCAGGUGUUGGGAGGUUUAGGUUACAUGAAGACCUACCCCUUUGAGAGGUAUCUUCGUGAUGCGCGCAUCCUGCUUAUCUUUGAAGGAACAAAUGAAAUCCUGCGAAUGUUUGUUGGAUUGAAUGGCAUUCAGCAUGCUGGUGCAGAAUUGCGAGACACUGUGAAGAAACUGCGAAACCCUUUGAUGAACCCAUCCUUUGUGAUUGGCAAAGGCCUAGAGAGGAUGCGGCACCAGAAGGACAAGCCCAAACUGGACCUCGACUUGAGCGGCUCCCUGCACCCCUCACUCAGCGCUGGAGGAGAAGCCCUAGAGUACUGUGUCAAGCGCUUCCAGUAUGCUGUGGAGACAUCCCUUGCCAGGCAUGGCAAGAACAUCAUUGACCCAGCAAACCAGAGGGAAGUGGCCCGCCUUGCUAACUGUGCAAUUGACUUGUAUGGCAUGACUGCUGUGUUAAGCCGUGCAUCAAGGUCCUAUUCAAUUGGGGUGAAAAAUGCUGAUCAUGAGGUUCAGCUUGCCAUGACCUUCUGUGAAGAAGCAUCAGCACGCAUCAAAACCUAUGUGAAGGAAAUUGAAGAUGGUCCAUUCCUGAACAAUGACUCUGUUUACUCCAAGAUUGCUGACACCAUUAUCCAGAACAAAGGCUAUGCAGCAGAGCAUCCCCUAACACGAGUAUUUUGGUAAUGAACUAAAUUUCACCAAGACAGGACCUAUAUUUGGAACACCAGUGCUCUUUGUGCCCCUCUAUUUCUCUUUUUCUUCUUUUGAUUCUUCUUGACUGUAUAUUUAUCGUGAAACUAAUGAUGGUGCUUGUAAUGUUCAAGUCAUGCAUGUCAUAAUGUGAUAAAAGUUAACAUGAAAUUUUUGUAUCUGGAUUUCCUUUGGCCCAUAAUAGAUUUUAAUGUUGAAUUAUUGACUACUGAUUUAUUGUUUCCAAUGUAUGAAGCAAAUACAAUGUAUAUAAGUGUAAAUAUAGAGCGUGAUUCAUUCAGUAAACAUUAUUUAAGGAGUAUUAAAAUAAAUACUACUAGAAGAUAUGUGUCUGAAAGGAAAGUUGUGCUUUGUAUUUUUUCCCAAUAUUGCCAGUAUCUCGUACAAUGCAAUAGCAAUUGAACUAGAUGUUUGUACUGAAUAUAGAUAUAUUUUCUUGGAUGUAUAUUGUUUGAAAGAAAUAAAGUAAAAUAUAAUAUCAGAA